AUGAAGAGUGACUGCAUGCAAACCACAACAUGUCAAGAAAGAAAAAAUGAUCCAAUAGAAAUGCUUCUUUCUGGGCAGCUGGUAAAAGUCUGUGCCCCAAUGGUGCGAUAUUCAAAGUUGGCUUUUAGAACACUGGUAAGAAAAUACAGUUGCGAUCUGUGCUAUACGCCAAUGAUAGUUGCUGCUGAUUUUAUCAGAUCUGUAAAAGCCAGAGACAGUGAAUUUACCACAAACCAAGGUGAUUGCCCAUUGAUUGUUCAGUUUGCUGCUAAUGAUGCAAGAAUUUUGUCUGAUGCUGCUCGUAUAGUCUGUCCUUAUGCGAAUGGAAUAGACAUUAACUGUGGUUGUCCUCAGAGGUGGGCAUUGGCAGAAGGUUAUGGAGCUUGCUUAAUAAACAAUCCAGAGCUUGUUCGAGACAUGGUGAAACAAGUAAGAAAUCAAGUGGAAAAUCCCAGAUUUUCAGUAUCUAUUAAAAUAAGGAUCCAUGAUGACCUUACAAGAACUGUAGAUCUUUGUCGAAAGGCUGAAGCGACAGGGGUUUCCUGGAUUACAGUCCAUGGAAGAACUGUUGAAGAAAGGCAUCAGCCAGUUCACUAUGAGGCCAUUAAAAUAAUUAAGGAAAAUAUGUCUAUACCUGUAAUUGCUAAUGGAGACAUCAGAAGCUUAAAAGAAGCAGAAAAUGUGUGGCAUAUUACUGGGACAGAUGGUGUGAUGGUUGCAAGAGGACUCUUAGCCAACCCGGCCAUAUUUGCUGGAUAUGAGGAAACCCCACUGAAAUGCAUCUGGGACUGGGUUGACAUUGCUCUUGAACUUGGAACUCCUUAUAUGUGUUUCCAUCAACAUUUAAUGUACAUGAUGGAAAAGAUAACUUCGAGGCAGGAAAAAAGAAUAUUUAAUGCUUUGUCAAGCACAUCAGCAGUCUUAGAUUACCUUACAGACCAUUAUGGGAUUGAUUGGACUCCCUAA